CCAUCAUACUGGACCCUCUCAAUACUUUAUACAACAACAUUAUUUUAUUUCGUUAAAAUAGAAUGAUUUCAACCUAGUCCUUCCCCUUCUAGCAGCUUUUCUUUGCAUACAAGUUUACAUAUUGUAAUCCAAGAGGAAACGACCAGAUGUAUUGGAACUUGUUUCAGCACAUGUGCCUGCCACUUCAAGCACUCACAAAUCACCCUUGAAAGCAAACCUGAAAAAAAAGAUCGAAACAUCAGUGGAUUCCACACAAAACAUGAAGAAUAAAAACAUGCUGUUGUUUUUCCAGUACCAUGUUAUCUUCUCAGUCAUUAUUUUCCUUGUUUCUUCGGCCUCUUUACCUCCACCUGCAAUUUACCUUCUCCAGUUACUUGACAGCCUCCCAAAGCACACGCAACGUUUGUUACCCUGGAAUCAAUCCAAUUCUCCGAAGUCUCAUUGCCAAUGGGCAGGAGUGUCUUGCUACUCCAAGAAGAGUUUUCAGGUCAGAGCCUUGAAUCUAUCUGGCUUUGGGCUAUCUGGUAUAUUAAACAACUCUGUCCCUUAUCUUUGUCUCCAUAAGUAUAUGGUCUCUCUUGACCUCAGUGGCAACAGUUUCAGUGGUAACAUACCUCAAAUGCUGGGAAACUGUGGCCAACUCAAUACCAUUCUUCUCAAUGAUAAUGGCUUUGGUGGGUCAAUCCCUCAUCAAAUUUUCAUGUCAAAGUCGCUUAGAAGGAUUGACUUGGGCUAUAACUCUCUAUCUGGUGAAAUUUCCCCUGAGGUAAGUCUUUGCACAAAUUUGGAAUAUAUUGGACUUUACAACAACUUUCUAAGUGGAGAGGUUCCAAGUGGAAUGUUUUCUUUACCAAAUUUGAAGUUCAUCUAUUUGAACACAAAUAACCUCACCGGUUCAUUACCUGAUUUCACACCUUCAUGUGGAAUUUUAGAUCUUUGGAUUCACGAGAAUGAAUUUUCCGGGUCUUUACCGCAUACCCUGGGAAACUGCUACAACCUUAGUACGUUUAUAGCAUCUUACAACAAUUUUGGAGGGGUCAUUCCACCAGAGACUUUUAAGGGUCUUUUGCAACUUGAAGUUCUGUAUCUUGAUGAAAACAAUCUUGAGGGGGAAAUUCCAGACACUUUCUGGAGUCUCAAAAACUUACAAGAGCUAGUUCUUUCAGGGAACAAGCUCAAUGGAACAAUUUCUGAGAGGAUUGCUCAAUGCAAUCAGCUAGCGGUUAUUGCUCUUUCAGGUAAUAAUUUGGUUGGUCGCAUUCCUCAGUCAAUAGCAAAUCUUACAGGUUUAACUUAUUUAUUUAUCUUUAACAACAUGCUUAAUGGCUCAUUACCUCCUGAGCUUGGAAACUGCAGUUCACUUGUUGAACUUAGGCUUCAGCACAACUUCAUUGGAGGAAGGAUCCCACCAGAAAUUUGCAAUCUCGAAAGUCUUGAGGUCCUUUUUAUGUUCAGCAAUCAUAUUGAAGGCCGCAUUCCACAAGGAAUUGGUAGGAUGAGCAACCUGGCGCAGUUGGCUUUGUAUAACAACAGUUUGACUGGUGGAAUCCCAACUCAAAUUGUUCAAUUAAAGAAAUUGAGAUUUCUAUCCCUGGCUCACAAUGAUCUCACUGGGGAGGUGCAAUUUGAGCUCAGGAAAAAUUUUCCUGCUCUGGUCAGAUUGGACUUAUCAGGGAACCGCCUUAAUGGAUCAAUUCCAUCCGGAAUAUGUGCUGGCGGUAAUUUUUCAGUUUUAGCCCUUGGGAACAACGGUUUCAGUGGGAGCUUUCCUACUGAAAUUGGAAAAUGCUCAUCCCUCAAGAGGGUGGUCCUUAGAAACAAUCUUUUGCAAGGGCCUAUACCAGCAGAUUUGGAAGAGAACUCUGGAAUUUUCUUCCUGGACGUCCAAGGAAACUUGAUUGAAGGAAAGAUUCCCUCAGUGUUUGGUCACUGGACCAAUCUUUCAAUGCUUGAUUUCUCACGAAAUAGGCUCUCUGGCUCUAUACCUUCAGAGCUUGGGAAGCUUGAGAAUCUACAAAUUUUAAGGGUUUCUUCUAAUAGACUCACAGGGAGCAUUCCCUCUGAAUUGGGUCAUUGCAAAAAGAUUAUCAAAUUGGACCUUAGUGCCAAUUAUCUUUCAGGAAGUAUUUCUUCAGAGAUAUUAUCAUUGCCAAAAUUGCAGAGCCUUCUACUUCAAGAGAACAAACUCAUUGGAAUUAUUCCUGAUUGUUUUUCAUCCCUUCAAAGCCUAUUCGAGUUGCAGCUUGGAAGUAACAUGCUUCAAGGUCCCAUCCCAUGCAGUUUGAGUAACCUUCACCAUUUCAGUUCAGUUCUUAAUUUAAGCAACAACAGGCUCUUUGGUGAAAUACCUGCAUGCCUCGGCAAACUAGACAAGCUACAGAUUCUUGAUCUCUCGAGCAACAGUUUCUAUGGCGAGAUACCAGCAGAUAUGAACAACAUGAUCUCCCUCUACUUUGUGAACAUAUCAUUCAAUCACCUCAAAGGAAAAUUACCGUCUGCUUGGAUGAGGAUCAUAGCUUCAUAUCCUGGAUCUUUAAUCGGAAACUCAGAACUUUGCCCGCUAGGAGAUGAAGCUGGUUAUUGUCGGGAACUUAGAAAAGGCAACAGCAGGGGAAGGGUGCUGGCUGGUGUAAUUACUGCUGUGGUAGUCUCCGUGGCAUUGCUUUGUGCAGUGAUAUAUAUAUUGGUGGUUAGACUCCUGCAAAAAAAACAUUCUUUUGAUCAAACUCUUCUCCAUGAAAGACAGUCGAGAACCGAAGAUCUACCUGAGAAUUUGAAAAUUGAAGAUAUUAUUCGUGCUACAGAAGGAUGGAGUGACAAGUAUAUCAUCGGAAGAGGCAAACAUGGAACAGUUUACAGGGCAGAAUCUUCCGACUCUAGGAACCACUGGGCUGUCAAGAAGGUGAAUUUGUCCGACACAAACUUCAGACUUGAAUUGAGAACUCUGGGCUUGAUUAGGCAUCGG